GGUGGGAUGUAAAUGAGGAUGCUGCUGAGUGACAGAGGUGUGGAUGUGGAGGAGCUGUCUGCAUGUGCUCGUGUUUACCAAGCAGCUGAGACAACGUUUGAACAAUGUCAGAUAAAACGGAGGUGAACCUGAGUGGAGUCAAACAAAGUAAAGGAGUGUGGCUCGUCAAGGUUCCCAAGUAUUUAUCUCAACAGUGGGACAAGGCCACAGAUGUUGGAAAGAUUACCAUUGGAAAGAAACAAGGAAAAACAGAGGUGCGUUUCAGCCUGAGCGCGGAGCUGAGCGCCCUGCAGAGUGCUGUGGGGGAGAAAGAUGGAUCGCUGCAGGUCCCGAGGGAUCAUCCUUUCACCAUGCACACAGUGGGUGGACAGACCAUGGCUGUUUUCAGCCAGAGCAGCACAGAUGAAAUCAGUCUGGAGGGCAUGGUGGUGCACAGAGCUGAAUGCAGACCAGUCGUCAAUGACAACUACAUGAAGCUGAAGAAGUUACAGCUCAAAGAGUCCACCAAGCCCCAGCGUUUGUCACAGCAGCUGGAGAGAGCCAUCACCACGGUCUUCAAGCCUGUGGCCAACCACGAUUUCAAUUUGGAGUAUGAGAAGAAGAAGAAGUCGGAGGGGAAGAUGGUGAGAGCAGAGCGACAGGUCGUGUUGGACAUGCUCUUCUCCGCCUUCGAGAAGCACCAGUAUUACAACAUAAAGGACCUGGUGGACAUCACCAGACAACCUGUGACGUACCUGAAAGAGAUCAUGAGGGAAAUCGGGACAUACAACAGCAAGGGAGCUCACAAAAGCACCUGGGAGCUGAAGCCAGAGUACCGACACUACCAGUCGGCCGAGGAAGAGGAGGAGACGGAGGCCGCCUAGUUCCAGCAGGAACCUCAGGCUGAUCACCAGGGUUCAUCCAUGGUACGAGAAAAAUCAGACAGGGACUUCCAAACAUAAAUACUCUUCAUCAGACAUGAAGCUUGAAUGUGUGUUUUGAAGAUUAUAAAAACGCAGAUAUAAAAUGUAGAAGGCAAAAACAGUGAAAUGUCCCCUUUUCAUAAUCACAAGAUGAAUGUUUAGUAAUGUUUUGUAUGUUGUAUAAUUCUAUAGACGUUUUGUGUCAAACAGGCCGCUGUGGGGACUGUUUCGUAUUUAAUUUGUAUGUGGGAACAUUAAUGUGACUGAAAAUCUGUCCAUGCUGAACUUUUCUUUUGCUUUCAGAAUAAAUCUCACUGAACCUUCA